GCAGGUAAUAAUACAGCCGACGAUGAAGAAGGCGAAGACCGGUCGUGGUGCUACGAACCGAGGCUUGGCUUGCCUCGAGAUCCCCGAUGUGUGCAAGGCCAUCCUCGCUUACUGCUUCCUCGAUGAUGCGCAGAGCCUGAGCGCCAUCGUGCUCAGUAAGGCGACCACGCGAUCGGUCGCCGAGUACGAGGAGCUCUGGACCGGCCUCCUUAUCGCUCACUACGGCGAGCUACGCUCGCACCCAGCAGUGCGCCCAUGCUUGUCUGGUGACAUACCCGUGGCGGCGCCUAGAUAUACGCCGUGUA